UUAAAAUGGGGGCAGAUAUGCAAAAAAGAUAUCAUUAUUUGUUUUUCUUCAUGAAAUUUGCAUAUAAAUAGGAGAAACAAAGCAUAGGGUUGAUAGAGUUUAUAUUGAAUAAUAUAAUAUGGAGAGUAGAAACACACAGAUGGAAAUGGAUGGGGAGGAAGUGUUAAAAGCUCAAGCUCACAUAUGGAACCACAUCUUCAGCUUCAUCAAUUCCAUGGCUUUGAAAUGCGCGGUUGAACUACGUAUUCCCGAUGCCAUCAACCGCCAUGGCUCGCCCAUCACCCUCUCUCAACUUAUUUCCGCUCUCCAAAUUCACCCUCAAAAGUCACAACACGUCCAUCGUAUAAUGCGUAUAUUGGCUCACUCUGGCUUCUUUCUAAUACACAACAAACUUAGCCAACAAAAAGAUGAUGAUGAAGAUGAAGAUGAAGAUCAAGUAGCAUACUCUCUCACCAACCCAUCCCUUCUUCUUCUUCAACACAACCCUUUAACUUUGUCUCCCUUUUCGCUUUUCAUGCUCGACCGAGUCCUCAUAGAGCCAUGGCUAUUUAUAUCGGCCUGGCUCCGUAGUGACUCCGAUUGCCGAACCCCAUUUGAAACGGCUCAUGGGAAGGAAUUUUGGGAGCAUAUGGGGAGUGAGGCAAAAGAUGGGGAGGGUUUUAAUGCAGCUAUGGAAAGUGAUGCAAAGUUGGUGGUUAGUGUUUUGUUGGAGAAAUAUAAAAGCGUGUUCGAGGGAGUUGAGUCGUUUGUGGACGUGGGAGGUGGUACGGGAAGUGUGGCAAAAGCCAUUGCUGAGGCUUUUCCGCAAAUGAAAUGUGUUGUUUAUGACCUUCCUCAAGUUGUGGCUGGCUUGGAAGGAAACCAUAACCUGAUGUUCCUUCAAGGUGACAUGUUUCAAGUUAUUCCCUCUGCUGAUGCACUUCUCUUGAAGUGGAUAUUACACGAUUGGACUGACGAUGAAUGUGUGAAGAUAUUGAAGAAAUGUAAAGAGGCAAUCACAAGCAAUGGAAAGAAUGGAAAAGUGAUUAUAAUUGAUAUGGUGGUAGGCAAUAAAAGUAAUAAGAAAAACAUGAAGAAUAAUGAUAUGUUGAUGACGAAAGGUAAACUUUUUUGGGACUUGUUGAUGAUGGUUAAUGUUGGUGGAAAGGAAAGGGAUGAGAAAGAGUGGGCUGAAUUGUUCCAAGCAGCUGGAUUUGGUGCCUACAACAUCUCUCCAAUAUUAGGUUUAAGGUCCCUUAUAGAGCUUUAUCCAUGAUUAUAUUAUAUAUGCUAAUGUCUUUAAAUACUUGAGAUACCAAGAUUGAACAACUAUAUAUAUACUUUCAUACAUGAAUAAGUUUAAGUGUGGUUUUAUGUUGAUUGUCGUCAUAGUUAAAACAAAGGGCAACUUUGGGACUUGAGAUUGAGCGUUGUUGUUAUAAAAUUUGUAUACUAAGUUGGUCAAUAUGUUAUAUUGAAACUUGUUAUAGGAAGGAAAUGUGUACUCAUCGGUUUCCUUCGGAUGUGAUUUACAUAA